AUGCUCAUAAUUCCAAUUUGCCUCAGUCUAGCACAAAUUUGUUCGAUUCCAACCAACCAACCUGAAAAGCUGCAUGGCGCUGCCGCAUGCCCAGCUGAAGAGCCCCGUCCACCCACUUACCAAAUCAGGAUUCGCAAGAUCAGCCUUACAGCACAAUCCAAUCCCGGAGACGCGCCGGGAUCCGACUUAAUAAAUCACAAGCACCCGACUACCACAUACAUCAUGAGAAUCCCUACGAAACAAGUACAAGACCUGUCGCUAUCAGACAAAGAUGAAAAUGGCUUCCCGCCAGUCUACUUUCAGCUUGACAACUUCCCCCGGAAGAAUGCACUGGUGGUCAGCCUACAGCCGCCAACGGAGCCCUCCACUCCCGUCCACCAUGUCCCUUGCGAUAUCGUGCUUGUCAUUGAUGUUUCUGGUAGUAUGUUUGAUGCCGCGCCAGUGCCUGGCGAGGGCUCCUCGGAGGCUAAUGGCCUUUCCAUCUUGGACCUUGUCAAGCAUGCCGCGCUCACAAUCAUUGAGACUAUGGACGAGCGUGACCGUCUGUCUAUCGUGACCUUUGCCAGCAGUGUCACGGUUUUACAGCCUCUGGAGUGCAUGACCGACGAAAACAAAACGACGGCCCGCAAGAACAUCAAAAGCAUGCAGCCCAAAGAUGCUACAAAUCUAUGGCAAGGCAUUUUGACCGGACUUAAGCAGUUUGAAGAUGUCAAGUCUGAUGGCAAGGUUCCUGCCGUGAUGGUUCUCACCGACGGCAUGCCAAACCACAUGUGCCCACCUGCUGGCUAUAUCCCAAAGCUUCGGACCAAGCUUCCGCUGCCGGCCACUGUCCAUACAUUUGGCUUUGGGUACCAUCUGCGGUCUGGUCUGCUCAAGUCCAUCGCAGAGAUCGGCAACGGCAACUACUCCUUUAUCCCUGAUGCUGGCAUGAUUGGCACCGUCUUUGUUCACGCGGUGGCCAAUCUACAAAACACUUAUGCCACAGAAGCCAUCCUACAGCUCAAGUACACCGCAGACACGCAGAUUCGAGAAGCGAUGGGUAUCUCUGUUCUCAGCAGCCCGCCGGAACCUCUCGGCGAUUCGUCUCAGCAGGGGCUGCAGCUUGACAUCCCACUGGGAAACAUACAAUACGGACAAUCGCGAGAUAUAUUCUUACGUUACCACAGCCCACAUAUAUCCAAGCUUUGUGGCAUGGACCCCGGUCCGUUACCCAUCGUUGAAGCUACAAUCAAAUACAAGCUCGUCCUUGACAACGAUGCGGGCAACUACACAUCAGCCACCAUUAUACAUAAUUUGACGAACGACUCUUACUCGCCAGAGGAAAGAGCCGCAUAUCACGAAUCGAGAGCUCUCAUUUGUUCCUUUAUUUCCAGCCUGUUCCCGAUUGAGAAGCAAGGAGAACACAAAGCCGCCGUUUCGAGCAGAUUCGAACAGGUCACCAAAGAACUGGCGACACUCAUCGAGAAGCUGCCGUCCAGCAAUUACUCGGAUCCGCUCAACAAGUCUUUGCUGCAAGACCUCGCUGGAGAGGAGCCAGAGGGCCAAAUCUCGAUUGCUCUGAAGGAAGACAAGGGCUUUUUCCGCAAAUGGGGGCAACACUAUCUACCAUCCCUUCUCAACGCUCAUACCCGACAGGUGUGCAAUUCGUUCAAGGACCCCGGCCCUCUCCAGUAUGGCAAAGACAGCCCUCUCUUCAUAGCCUGCCGCGACAGGUUGGACGAGGCCUUUGACAGUCUGCCGCCCCCGGAGCCAUCCCGCCAACAGCACAUUGCCAGAAGGCACGGGCUGCUUAGCGGGGGUGGUGGUGGUGGUGCAGCCGUCGCCAGCUCGGGCGGCCGCCACAUCUCCAUGAGCAGCUACCGAAACUCGCGCGGCGUGUGCUUUGCCGGCUCGACGCUGGUCCAGCUCGCCUCCGGGCGCGACAUUGAAAUGCGCCGCGUGCGCCGAGGCAUGAAGCUCCAGACGCCGCUGGGCUCGCGCAAGGUCGCCGCCGUGCUGCGGACGCCCGUCAAGGACGAGACGCUCUGCCGCGUGGGCGCCGUCCUCGUCACACCGUGGCACCCCAUCUCCCUCGACGGCAAGGCCUGGACGUUUCCGGCCUACACCGCCGACAAGGCCGUCCGGUACACGGGCUCCAUCUACUCCAUCAUGCUGCAGCGCGACAGGAGCCCCGAGGCGCACGCGCUUCGUCUGAACGGGGGCAGCGGCGGCGGCGGCCUCUGGGGCGUGACGCUGGGCCACGGCGUGACGAGCGGCGGCGACGUCCGCGCGCACGUCUUCUUUGGCGACUACAACGCCGUGAGCAAGUCCCUGAUGGGCCUCAAUGUCGGCCUGCGCGGCGAGUUUAUCGGCAGCGGCGUGGGACGCGACUCGCACAACGGGCUGGUGUGCAGGUUUGUGAAGGACGAAAGCCGAGGCAGAGCCUUGAGCUGGGCGCCUGGUGCGCGAAGCAAGACUGUUCUUCGGUCUUGA